GAGACAUCCAAGGCCUGAAGCCAUGAAGAACUCUUUGCUGUUUUCACUACUGUUGGCGCUUGGAUGUGUGCACAUCCAGGGGAUGCCAGUGAACCAGGAUGCCAUGGAGGCAGAGUCUUGUGAUGAUGCUUUGGUUAUGGGUGCUGCCAGGGAAGCUCUCACGAAGAUCAACCGUGACAGGCAGGAGGGCUACAUCUUCAGCCUUCACCGCCUGUCCAAUGCACACUCUUCUAAGCAUGGAGAAACUGGUUUUGUGUUCUAUCUAACCAUGGAUGUUGUGGAGACCAACUGCAGUGUCCUCAGCAAGAAGGACUGGAAGGACUGCGAGGCUCGACCCACACAUGAUACCCCUGUAUAUGGACAGUGCAAAGCAGCUAUCUACAUGAACAGGGUGCACAGGGUGGUGCGUCUCUACAAGUACAACUGUGUUAUUAGACCAGUACCUGCUGCAAGGGUGUCUAAAGUGUGCCCAGACUGCUCAUCACAUGUGAAUUUUGAUAACGCUGAGAUUCAGAAGACUGUGACUAAAUCUUUGGAGAAGUUCAACAAGGAGAAUGGACUGACGAAUCGCUUUUCUCUGUUGAAAAUUGCCAGAGCGACUGCAGGGAUGGCGAUGGGAAUGUAUUAUCAUGUGGAGUACACCAUCCAGGAGACAACCUGCAACAAAAGCACAGAUGUAGGCCCCGAUGACAAAUGUCCAUUCAUGGAAUGCGAGUUCACUCACAAAGGUUUCUGCAAGGCCUCCCACUUCCACACCCCCGUAAGUGAUGGUGACAUCAGUGUAGAGUGUGAGAUCUAUGAGCCUGAGGCUGCUGACCGUGAAAAGAAAUUGCACCUUUUGGGCGGAGAAACUGAUCACAGUCACAAUGACACACACCCACAUAGCCACAAUCAUGAUGAAGCACAUGCUGCAGACGCAGCACACACUCACGACCACAUCCAUGACCACACCAAGACUCAUGCUCACCAUGAUAAAAAUGCUAAGCAUGCUGGCGACAGUGACCACCACCACACACACGACCAUCUUGAUGGCAGUGCUCAUCAGCACGCUCACGACCACUCCCACGACCACGGACAUGGACAUGACCAUGUGCACACUCACCAUGCCAAGGCACACGACCACAGCAAUGACUCACCCAACCAUCACCAUGACUACAAACAUGAAUCAGGGGUUCACACUCAUGAACAUGAUCAUGAGCUUGCUCUUGACCAUGACCACAAACACGCUCACUUGCAUGAGCAUGAGCACCACCAUCAUCACCAUGAUCAUGACCACGAGACGACAGUACAUCACCAUCCAGAGGGAACUGUGAAGGUCUUGCCUGCCAUGAAGCAACCGGUGCCUUCCGGCCUUCCUCCCGUUGACCUUGUCCCUACCUCACCUGCAAGUACGCCUGCAGGUGAGGUAGGAGUUGUCCUGCCUCUUAUCCCAGAUCCUCAGAUCCCUGGUGAGAUGCAACCAACUAUUCAGGCCUUCCCAACGUCAGUUUCAUCUAAGUGCGCAGCAGUGAAAAAAAGAGAAACCCUCGUGGAGGAACUAUUUGACGAAGACCCCUUGUUCCAGCCAGUCGCCUAACAUGGCAGAUAGACACACACCAACAGAAUUUCCUCACAGUGACAGAAAAAGAUCUGUCUUUGACUCUCCAACAACAAUGUCAGCAAUCAUGACGUUUUUGUGUGUUCUUAUGUCACCUGAUUCUUCUUGGUUGCAUAAUUUUAUUACUUGAUAGAAAACCAUUGUUUGUCUAAUGUUGAUGUUAAUGUCAAGUGAAGUGAAACCUGUUAAAGUCAACAUCCCUAGAACUGGCGACUCACAUCACCAUUGCUUGCACAUUCACAGUACUUGAGAAUGGGUGCUAAUAAAGAUUUUUUUGGCAGA